AUGCCAUCACCAACAUCCCUCAACUUCCUCACCUUCGCUCCGGCCUUCUCCAUUCUGUCCAUCAUAUACCUGGAACUCGCCCCCAAGCGCUUCCCGCAAGGCUGCCACCCGUUCAUGCUACUGGCCAUCGAGGCGACCAACACGAUAUUCUACUUCACGGGCUUCAUCGCGCUGGCCAUCUUCCUCGCCAAGCUCGUCUACUGCACCGGCUCGGUGUGCGCCGUCGCCCGCGCCACGUCGAUCCUGGCCGCCGCCGAGUUCACCUCCUGGAUAGCAUCGACGAUCCUGCUCGCCAAGAAGAUCUCCCAGAAGGGCCUCAAGGGUGACCGGGAGCCGCAGUCGGGGUCGGACACGCCCAUGAGCGAGGUGUGA